UGUAUCAGUGUAGGUCAGUGAUGAAAGCGUAUCACUUCUGCCUAUGUGGUUACUUAUACAUAUCAACAUCGGCGCCCACAGUAACGACAUCCCAACAUGGCCAACGCGGCGGUGUACCUGUGUUUUUUAAUGCUGUCUCUGUCAGUAGCAUCUGAUCACAAUGAGUACAUCAAGCGAUACAAAGAUUACAUCCAGUCUGUGUCUAACAACGCUACCUACGUCAGCAUGAUGAAAGCACAGGAGGAACAUCAGCGGCAACCCAAGGUAGCGGGCGCCCCCUUCUCCUGCACCGUGUACCCCCCGUCUCCGACUGUACCCACAUCAGUUCACACUCUGCGGCCAGGGGACGUGAAGGUCGUCGGAGCCUUGGGAGACUCCAUCACGGCGGCCCUCGGCGCGGACGCCAGCAACAUAUUCGGGGUUCUCACCGAGUACCGGGGACUCUCUUGGAGCAUUGGCGGGGACGGAACAUAUGAGGACCAGGAAACACUACCGAACAUCCUCAAGAGAUACAACCCCAACUUAAAGGGGUACUCCGUUGGUACAGGAGACAGCGAGGACAAGGCUCACCUGAACGUUGCCGAUACUGGUAGCGUCGCGGCGGAUCUCCCGAAGCAGGCAAGACUUUUGAUAGACCGGAUGAACAAUGACCCUGAGAUUGACGUUCAGAAUGACUGGAAGGUCAUCACGAUCAUGACUGGCGGGAACGACAUCUGUGACGUCUGCACUGAUGGGGAAGGGCAUAGCCCCGAACGUUAUAUCGAGUCCGUGACCGCCGCUCUGGACCUGCUUCAAACAGAGGUACCCAGGGUGUUAGUCAACCUGGUAGAGACGAUCAACGUGGAGAUCGCUAAAGAUCUCAACAAGGGAUUGCUCUGUACUGUCCUACACGUUGCCUGCCGGUGUGCGGCGUUCCCUGACGGCGCGGAGGGGGAGGAACUGAUUGUCCAGACGACCAAAGGCUACCACGCUCAGACAGAGCAGCUGGUCAGUACUGGCCGUUACGACACCAAGGACGACUUCACUGUAGUAGUGCAACCAUUCCUCAAGGAAACCUUCCUGCCAAGAACGGCUGACGGCAAACCUGACUUCAGCUUCUUCGCGCCGGACUGUUUCCACUUAAGCAGGAAGGGCCAAGCUGCUGCUGCCAAUGGUCUGUGGAACAACAUGAUCGAGCGGGAAGGAGGCAAGCGAGUCAACUGGGCUCCCGGUCAACCUAUUGAAUGUCCAUCUGAGGCCUCUCCGUUCUUCUUUACCCGUAAGAACAGCAACGCAACUGCAGGUGGUGUGAGAAGAGACGGCCCGAUGCUGACUGGCGACGUGAAGGGGGACUCUACGAAUGAGGAGGAGAUUAAUGGGACCAACAACGGGGGCUCUGAGGACCACACAGUCGCCAUCGGAACGUCGUUUCUCGUAUUGGUGGGGGUUGGGUUCAUACUGACGCUGUUGUGGACAGUAAGGAGACAUCGACGUCCUUGUGCCAACAAGUACCAGACAAUGGAAGAGGAGACGGUCUGGGAGAAAGACAGCCCUGCGACCAAAAUCGUCAAGCAGCACUCCAUCAUGCGAGACAUACACUCGUGCUAUGAUAUUUACAACGCUGUCGGACUAACUAUGACGGUCACAUCAACCCUGCUACUCGUAUGGCUUAUGUCAGUAUAUUUGACUAUUCCAGCGUGUCACGGCAGCUAUGACGACUACAGGGCGUGGCUCUCCCAGGCUGCCAACAACGUCACCCUACAGAGAGACUUCAGUAAACAUCUACAUCUCUUCAGGGAUGACAUGCCGGUAAUACACCCGGAUGAUGGCCACUUUCAUGGAAGUGCAUUUCCCUGUACUAUCUACCCGCCGUCACCAACUACACCCGUAUCAGUUCACCGCUUGAGGCCCGGCGACAUCCAGGUAGUGGCAGCGAUGGGGGACUCCAUCACAGCCGGAAAUGGCAUCACAGCGACAACGAUCAUGGACAUGCGCAGACAGGACCGUGGCCUUUCAUGGAGCAUCGGCGGAGAUGGCGAAUACGGCCAACAGCCAACAAUCCCAAAUAUGUUGAAGAAAUACAACCCCUGGCUGAGAGGAUUCGCUCUUAAAAGUGGCAACGUGUGGAGUAAGAAUGCCCACCUUGAUGUAGCUGAACCCGGGGCAGAAUCCGUUGCCAUGGUCAAACAGGCAGAGUUGUUGAUAAAGAGGAUGAAGACAGAAAUAGGUGUAGACUUUAGAAACGACUGGAAACUUAUUACCAUCUUCAUCGGGGGUGAUGACUUGUGCGACUACUGCAAAGACAUGCGGCGCAACAACGCCAGCAACUACGUCCAACGUGUACAGCAGGCCCUCGACAUCCUCCACGCCGGCAUCCCCCGCGCCUUCGUCAACCUGGUGGAGGUGAACCACGUGGACGUGAUGCAGGGGCUGAACGUCGGCCAUAUCUGCUCUAUAGUUCACCAGUUGUACUGUCCGUGUGGCGCCUAUCCCCGGAACGACGAGGACGUCCUGCUGCUACACCAGGCUGCCGACGACUACAACGACGGCCUGGAGAAGCUGGUGGCCAGUGGGAGAUACGACGACAGGGACGACUUUACAGUGGUCAUACAGCCGUUCUUCAGAGACACCAAGCUACCUAUGAAAGAGAACAAACCAGACUUGUCCUACUUUUCGCCGGAUUGUUUUCAUUUUAGUCGGAAAGGUCAGGCCAUUGCUGCCACAUCGCUCUGGAAUAACAUGAUCCAACCUGUGGGGUACAAAAAAACCUCUGUAGUUCCCGGGGAAACCCUGGAGUGCCCAAGUGAGCUGAACCCAUACUUCUUCACGAACAAGAACAGUGUUAACUAUCAAAGACGUGAUGCUGACGGUUACAGAUUCUUGCUGCGUAUAUCAAUUGGACAUGAUAGCGGACACCUCGUGCCCGCCACUUUCCUCAUCAUAGAGGACCCAAGUACCGCAGUGAAAUCAGCUGAUCCACGACUCCUUUGUUUUGUCAGUACAUCCACCUUGUUAGACAGUAGUCCUGGUGUGGAUGUGGGGACUCGGCUGAUGAUGACAUCAACAUAUAUCCUCCUAGCAGCCGGACUUGUGGCAGCGUGUCACGGCAGCUAUGACGACUACAGGGCGUGGCUCUCCCAGGCUGCCAACAACGUCACCCUACAGAAAGACUUCAGUAAACACCUACAUCUCUUCAGGGAUGACAAUCAGCAUUAUGGCUCACCACCGUUUCCGUGUAACCCUGCCCCACGGUCAGAUGUCACGCCCACUUCAAUUCACAGAUUGAGGCCCGCUGACAUCCAAGUGGUAGCUGCCUUGGGGGACUCUAUCACGGCGGGCACCGGGAUUACAGCCUGCACCAUUGUUGGUCUCCUCUGGCAGGACCGGGGACUGUCUUGGAGCAUUGGCGGCGAUGGCGACUUCAGCUACCAACCCACCAUUCCAAAUAUUUUAAGAAAGUUCAAUCCGAACUUGAAAGGGUUCUCCUUGAAGAGCGGGUCAGUGCGGAGUAAGAACGCCCAUCUGGACCUGGCUGUACCAGGGGCCAAAUCAGAGGAUAUGGUAGAGCAGGCGGAGUCACUCAUAGAACGGCUGAAGUCGGAACCAGGGGUGGACUUCAAGAACGACUGGAAGCUCAUCACCAUCUUCAUCGGCGGCAAUGAUCUAUGCGACUACUGUGAUGAUGAGGGACGCUACAACUCCAGCAACUACGUCCAACGUGUACAGAAGGCACUCGACAUCCUCCACGCCGGCAUUCCCCGCGCCUUCGUCAACCUGGUGGAGGUGAACCACGUCGACGAAAUGAAGAAACUCAACGUUGGCCUUGUCUGUUCCGUAGCUCACCUGUUUAUCUGCCGUUGUGGCGCCUACCCAGGCAGCGACGAGGCAUCCCAACAACUACAUCAAGCGACAGACGACUACGACAUCGGCCUGGAGAAGCUGGUGAACAGUGGGAGAUACGACGACAGGGACGACUUUACAGUGGUCAUACAGCCGUUCUUCAGAGAAACAAAGCUACCCUUGAAGGACGGCAAGCCGGAUCUCACCUUCUUCUCGCCGGACUGUUUCCACUUCAGCAGACGAGCUCACUCCGCCGCUGCCAUCGCGUUGUGGAAUAACAUGAUCCAGCCAGUCGGUGAGAAGAGAACGAGCUGGUCGCCUGGUCAGUCGCCGGACUGUCCGACUGAGGACAAUCCCUAUUUGUUCACGAACAAGAACAGCAGAAGGUGAGGGUCUGAACCCACCCCUCUUGGACCCGGUGUCACUGCACAGAAUACCUAUUCACCUAAUGUCGUCAGGCGUCUCGUGCACCAAAUAUGUACAAUCAUUGAUUACAACCCAUGUCCCCACUGUGCCUUACCACAAGACGUCUGACAUGUGCACAACCCACCACAACGAACAGUAUCUCGAUUUGUUACAUACCUACCCUUCAACAUCCACGUGUGAUCCCGCCAAACAGUCGCGCCCACUCGUAAUCAUUCCGGGACAAGUAGCGUCAUUCGUGACCAACUCGUGUUAUUCCGGGACAAGCCGAAUAGCGAGUUUUUGAAGGUUACGGAAAGGGGCGAGUGGUGACGAAAGCGCAUACAUGUAUAUACAAGACAAAUCACCACAGCGUCACGUGUUCAGUAAAAACCACAGAAAUCAUAACGAACCGUCUUUCAACACAAUUCAGCAUUUCUCAAUUGUCGUGGUCUGAAAAAGGUUUAUCAAACACAAGUUAUUUGAAACACUCGAGGAUCUUUGUAAAUCGUGUCACUAUGUAUUUGAGUGUGACAUAUUCCCAAUGUCAUGUCGGUGGAUCAAAACCCAUGUGCACUCCAAGCAGGAUAUGACUUUAUGCAAAGAACCACAAAACAUGUUGUACGCGUUUACUUUUCUCAGCAUGGCAUGACUAUCAUUACUUCAUCAUGAAUACCGAUAUUGUCUUGAUGAACCCUCGAGUGUUGGCAAUCUACCUCACACCAGAUGGUACUUGAUGUGUUUGAUGUGAACUGUGACAUGCUCAAUCUCAUUAAAAUCAGAUCUUAGUUUUCGCUACUGCUAAACAAAGAUCUGAGGACACCCCAGUACGGGUCACGUCAGAACGACCUUUCGCGAAGUUUGACCGACCAAUGAAAUGACUCACAAGAAAUCGCCAUUGGCCAAUCAGUAGGCAGCUUUCUCGAGCUUUACGACACUAGUUUCAAACUGGCGACUACGCUUCGAAACAUAUUUUGACGUAUUCUCGAUUAAAAAAUAAAUAAAACUGAUAAGAAGAACAUUCUGGAAUGG